AUGGCUUUUGCUCGAACCGAUAAUCUUUUGAGCCCUUACAGAAAGUUUCUCGUCGAACUUUCGUCGUACAUUUCAGGUAACGAUUUGGAGACCUUGAAAUUUGCUGUUGUAGAUUUAAUUCCACGCAGGAAAACGGAGGACGCCAGCAGUGGAUUGAAGUUAUUUGAUGUAUUGGAACAAGAUUUAAGAAUAUCUCCGGGAAAUCUGUCUCUUUUGGAAGAUCUCUUCAAAACAAUUGGCAGGAUGGAUCUUGCUUUGAAAGUGCAGUAUUUUUCAAAAUCGACUUUGGCCGAUAACUCCCGCAAUAACAUAAAUGGUAAGUUGAAUAUUUUGACGAUGUUUUGGUGUUUAAUCCGGAAGCACAUCGCAUAUCGUGAAGAAAACGAGCCACCACGCUAAAUUGUGUUCAGUGGACGUAAAAGAACACUGAAGUACAGUUGAACCCCGAUAACUGGAACUAGGGAAAUCAAAAAAAGUUCGAUCGCGCGAGUUAUCGGGAGUUUGAGUUAGCGAGAGUUUGAAGCAAAUAACCGGAAAUACGAAAAUAAGCAAAUGCAUGGAGAGGGAAUGCAAUUAAGCAAAAAAGUAUACAGGAAUGGACACUGGAUUUGAACUGGAGUGACAAAAAAAAUAAAGACAAAGAAUUGAAACGGUUACUUUGAAAUAAAUUCAAUGUCUUGGACUUCAGUACACGGGUUUUUUUUUUCCUGACUAAUGUCACGCGCUUUAUAACAUGGCUCGAGUUAUCGAAGGUAAAAUUAUCUGAAGGGGAACAAAAAUUACUUCGAGUUAGCGGGAGGUUCGAGCUAUCGAGGGUAAAAUUUCAGUAAAAUGUACGAAGGAAAUCCGGGAAAAUCGACUUUGGUUCGAGUUAGCGCAAGGUUCGAGUUAGCGAGGGUUCGAGUUAUUGCGAGUCAACUGUAAAAUGAUGUUGCAAUGUUGGAACUAUGUUGUCACCGUCCGAAACAGUAUCACAACCAAUGUUGCAACGCUGUGUUUCGCUAAAAAUCGCCGUUGCGAUUCAUUCUGUGUAACCGUCACCUUUAAACGUCAAACGCUUUGCAUGGAAAGGAGGCUGUGUAUUUUAAAACUUUGGUAAACAUGGCUCAGUUGUUCGCAUAUUAUCAGGAUGUGUUGAAUAUAAAAUACUUGCUAACCAAAAAAGCAAUUAUAACCAAAGGUUACAAAGUGCAGGCGACAACGAUCGAAAGUCAAAAUGCUUUUGAUCCAAUGCCGCGUGUGCUUUGGGUUGCGUAACUGUCAUGUGAUAGAUGGUUAACAACUUGUGUCACUUGUCAAGGUUUAAAACACUAAAGCAUUCUUAUUUAAAAUGGUAGUUGAGGAAUAUCUUGAUUUCCUGACAAUGUUUUUCGCAUCCAUCGACCUUAAAAUGUCACACGCAGAUCAGGUUCGUUGAAAGUGUUUGGAAGAUUUACAACUGAAAGUUCCUUUAGAUUGAUAGCGGUGUACCCAUGAUGCCUUAGUAAUGAGGUAGUUCUUGUAUAAGAUCACCUCUUGCUAGAGUAUAAAACUUCGUUUUGUUAUCACACAGCUAUUGUGCUUCAGUACUUACAAUCACACAUAUAAUGUUUAUUGGGGCAAGUAGGACUGUGAAGAUUGAGAGUGACAAUAAAACUUUAUUUUUACCCCCCUGUCAUUUGCAGGCCAUAUAGGUUUAUAUAUUCAAAAUGAUGCUGACGUUACAGAAUGAGAUAUAAUUGGUUAUUCAGUGGAAGAAAGAGACAAUCUUCCCAUGGAUGAAAUAAUUAUGUGUACCAUUCAGCAUUGCUUUGCAAAUGUCUCUGUAAGCCAGUUGUUACUCUCAAACUCAGAAAACAGUGAACAUGCACCUAAAAAAUUUCAGGACUAUUGAUUGUGUAGUGACCAAUCGCAUUUAAGUUCAGGACAUGCAAGCAAACCUCAAAACCACAAACUUAUCACAGUUUCAGCUGUUUGCAGUUUAGUUUUCUCAUGACUUAUUGGCUUUUUCCUCACAAGUGAACACCAUAAUAUUCCAUUACUAUUAGAAUUUCAGCCUUUCACAAUGACAGUGCCUGCUUAGGAGUACAGUCAACUGUCUCUGAGAUGGGCACCUUUGGGACCGGUAUUAAGUGUCCGUCUUAGGGAGAUGUCAGGCCAUCUUCUAGUAUAGAGUCAAGUCAAACAAAGGGAGUAAAUAAAGAUUAAGGGAGAAACUCUAGGUGUCUGUUUUACAGAGGUGUCCAUCUUAUAGAGGUGUCCAUUAAGAGAGAGUCCACUGUAUACAGGAUACAGGUUGUGGCUUCAGUAGGAAAAUGACCUUAGAAAUUAAUUCAGGGCUAUUGAGAACUGUAAAGAAAUUAAGAUACGGAGAUGGCGAUUAUUAUUCAUCUACUAGUGAGGUCUGAAAUCUGCAGAAUGUCUUCUUUGCACUACCCUAUUCCUAGUACACACAUCUUAACCCUUAGAUACCCCCCCACCCAGUCCCUUGACACUCACAAAUCCACCCAGCCCCAGUCAUUGUCUUCUUAAUAAACAUAAAUUACUGGUUGAUCAUUUGCCUGCGUGCAGACGUCUCCUAUUUCCUUUGUUGCACGUGGAAAAGCCCCUUUCCGCGUGCAACAAAGGAAAUAGGAGACGUCUGCACGUAGGCAAGUUGAUCAUUGGCAUGGGUGGAUUUAGGGGUGCGCCACUGAAGAGGGCUGCACUGCCCCCCUCCCCCAUUUUCUUAGAAGUUUUCAAUUGUAUCAGUUUUAAAGAAUUUUCAGUAAAAUAUAGAGUAACUAUUUUGCUGGCUAAAACAUUCUGGCUACCCUCCCCCCGCCCCCUACUUCAUGAAUUUUCUGGAUCAGCCCCUGUAUGGUGAUUCACCUAACUAUAGUUGUAUUGUCAAACAAUAUAUUUUCUCUAUUGUAUAAGGUACAGAGUUUGAAAAUCUGGUCACUGAUGGGGGUGGUGAUGAGGCACCCAAAUGCCAAACAGCAAACUGUGUGGCGAAAAGUGAGUAUACAAUCUCAGGCCUAGUUCUGUUUUUAAUUGUUAAUGGAUUUUGUCUUUUUUGCAUAUUGACUUUCCUCCCCUGCAAAUUCUGAAAUCAGGAGAAUUUGUCUUUUACAAACAUUACUCCUCUUCCCAUGAACUUACCCCUUAUCCACCCUACCCUCCCCAGAUACCCCACCUGACCUUCAAGGUCGUGACACCAGGAGCACCUGCUGACACCCCACCAGUCCCCAACCAUUUUUAAUAUGAACUUUAUUUAUUAGUUGACCCGUCACUGCCUCCCCUUCAACUAGUGAAAUCCCUACCCUUCCAUUUACCUGAACCCUCAAAAUGCACUCCGUUCGGGCGGAGCCUCCCCGUAUAGGCCAUUAUAGGAAGUACCCAUCAGGGUCACUAUGGUAGUUGUAUGAGGCUAGGGUGAUGAAAACCUCUGCUAUUUUCGCCGGGUAUGAUAAGGUUUUAAUUAUAUGGUCAUCCUCAUUAUCUAUAUCUAGGUGUAGAUUUUGAAGAUGUGGUCACUGAUGGGAUUGGUGAUGAAUCAGAGAGUGAUCCUAAUGAGCGAAUGGAAGAUCGUGUAGACAGAAGUAAGUAUACAAUGUCAGGCGGGCCCUGUUGCCGCCUUUGCGUUAUUUUGCUUGCGUAUCGACUUUCCCUCGCCAUGUACCCGAGGAAAAAGGCAACCGAAAGUACAACGUUUUGAAAGCUUACUCCAGAGCGGAUAUGUCUGAUAACACCAUUUACCUGUUCACGUUUACUGAGAGAGCAAAAACGUCAAUUUUCGAAAAGGAUGACGUCAAGGAUCUAGUGGGUGAAAAUAACACUGAACUGCUCCUUGCACUUGUGCCACGGACCUCUGGCAUAUCUUAAUUUUAGUAGUUAACAGAUCAAGAAAUCUAUGGUACCAUGCAUUUUCAUUAUUUUUUUAAUGUAAGACAUAUAACUAUUUUACACGUAUAUCUCAAAGCCAAAACUUCUUUUAAUUUCUAAAAAUGAUUUGUUUCUCUAUUGACUGAAAGAUGAAAGGCAAGUAGGACAAGAUAACACAGCAGCUCUUACGACCGCCUCAGUAGCAACUCAGGGCAUGUUGCUCAGUGCUUGUGAUACACAAACCUUCAGAGGAAUUGAUGGAGCACAUGUUACACAAGCAAUACCAUUUACACAGAUUUCUUCUACUGAGAAAAGUGAAGGUAAGACAAAAAACCUGAUACUUGAGAAUUUCCAAGUAUCAAAUGAACUAUUAUUUUAAGACUGUUUUUCUGGCGGGGUUGUUAUGCCUGGGGUAUUUUCUUGGCAGUCGAGACGACUUUACCCUGACGCUAUCCCGCCAGCUACGCGGGCUAUAUUAUUUGCAAGGUAGAUCUUUAAAGAGCUUUUAAUUAAUAAGGUUCUCAGAUUUUCAUCAUGCCCCGUGCAUUUAAUACAUGGCUUGUUCCUUAGCUGAAAGAAGUACUUUUUGAUGGUUUACCUUCAUGGUAAACGUCUUCCCAGUCUUUCUCCGUUCUCAUUACAGCACGCAGCUUGAGAUCGGGAAGAUUAAGGAAAUAUCUAAUUCCUCUACAUAGUUUUGGGUCGACAUUAGGAUGAGCUGAAUAAAUUUACACCUAACUGCAAUAAAGUUGUCAUAGAAAAAAGCAAAAAGCAAAAAGCCAAAUAGGAAUUAAUUAGCCAUUUGAUUUACAUUUGCGUAUUUUAAUAAUUUAAUAAUUAUUUAAGAAGUCAUUCACAAUAACAAGACACAAUUCUGUAAUUCCGCGCUGUAAGAUUCCGCACAUGAAACACUGAUGUGUGUAACAAAAGGGUCCUGACAAACGAAGCUUGGUUUGUGGCGCGGGAGAGGAACUGGCGGAGGAACGCCUCACCCUCUCCGGGAUGAAAAAUCCUGCCUACGCCCCAGAUUUGUUGCUUGAAAAUUGUGAUCAGAUGUUGUUGUGCACUACAAACCAUGCGCAGACUGGCUUUUCUAUUUAGCACUAAACGAAAAGACGCGUCGCGUUCCUGGAAUUUACCUUAGGCUAUAUUGAUUGAAAAAAAUGGAGCCAUUAUUUCUUUAGUAGUUAUCCGAUGUACGUUUGUAAUUAGAGCACGUUUGAUAUCCGCUAGAUGAAUCAGCCCACCAAGAAACUGAUGCAAAUGAUUUCUCUCAUAUUACGUGAUUAAUAUUCAGCUAUAAGCGUGUGUGUUGUGAAUGUUGCAAGCAAUGAUAAUUAAAUGCUAAUUAAUUCCUAUUUGGCUUUUGGCUUUUUGCUUUUUUCUAUGACAACCUUAUUGCAAUUAGGUGUGUCACUAUCUAGAAUUAAACUUAUGUCAUUUUUCAUCUCUGAAGAGGGCAGUAUUAACCAAAUAACCAAAACGGAAAAUGUAGCGUGGUAAAUAACAUUGUUUGCUUUCAUCGAUUAUCCUUGACUUGUUUUCUUGCUUGACUCAAUGAAUUAAUAUCCGCUUCCAUAAAGUCAUGUUCUAUAUUAUAUUGUUGUAUUUCUGACCAUUUGAACGGAAGGGCGUGGGACAUUGCUUGAAUUGCGAGCUAAGUUUAGAAUUGUAGCUGAAGAGCUAACGAUAUCCCCCUUUUUUCUAUUCCAGGCUCCUCCUUUGCUGCGCCUACUUCCGAGAGGUCAGCCCCUACGCCUGCUCUUACGCCUGCUUCUGCCCCUGCCCCUGCCCCUUCUGUUGCAUCAGAUGGGUCAGGUCGCCUUCAACAUGAUUCCAUUGCGGGACCACCACCUAUGCGAUAUGUCAAUUAUCUGGCGUACCAAGGAUACUCAGUGGAAAUCAUUGGUGGAAAGCACUUUAAAACACCUGAUGGAGAGUUUGUGGAGUUGAAGAGCGGCACACAGUACAAGAUACAUGUCAAGAACUCCCAUGCCUAUAGUAAGGAUGCGUACCUACAUUAAGCCAUACAUUUCAAUCAUAUAAUCCUGACGGUUUUUAUGGGUUAAUCCCGGUCCCGAACAUACGUUUGAAGAAUGCCUUGCAGAAGCUUUAGAUUCAAUAAUUAUCCGACCACCAUUAGUUAAAAAUAGUGAGAUUAAGCGGGAUAAAAACAGAUAGUGAUACGGUAGAAAUACUAUUGAGAUGACACACUGACGUUACCUUGCUAAUAGGCAUGUUCACUCUAUACCGAAUAACUUUGUCGAACCGACACGACAAAGUUGGCCGCUAUAGUACUAAUUUACAUACCUAUCCGAUGUGCGACUCUCCACUCAGUUUAGAGAUCGGAGCGGCCCAAAUUCGCUUCGUUACAGAAAUCGCGCCGAAAUCACCGUUCUUAUGUGUGAAUAGAAACACUAUCCGGUAUCGGUUUCGUUUCAGUGCAAGAGCUAGCUUUCCGGUAUAGAUGAACACAGCCUUAGGUUCACCAGGUUGCCAAAGUCAACCGUCGCAAAGUAAAAAGGCCAUUAAUGUUUUGAGGUUCUUGAUAUAUUCUACUCACAGCUGAUAUUUACAAGCAGGGAGAGAUACAGCAAAAACACUGCCGCAUUUCGGAAGAGAUUUUAGAUUAAAUGAAAGCAGUUUGACGAUUUAAGCUUCGUCGACUGUAAUAGAUUGAACUUGGUCCGCGCCAUGAAAAGACCACAUCUACGGAUAUUUUUUUAUGGUUAACUUUAUGCUCGAUCUCUGUCCUUUGCAAAGGUUGCAACUUAGACGUAUCCAUAGAUGGCUAUGACGUUGGAGGCUGGGUUGUAUAUGGAGGACAGGAGUUAACGAUAGAACGACCAGCUUACGAGGCUAAGAAGUUCACUUUCUAUCGCGUAAAAGCCGCACCCAAAGAAGCUGGUAUUGAAUCUGGCCGGGAUGAAAAUGGGCUCGUUAAGUGUGUGUUCACACCAGAAGCUUUCCUGGACAUCCCAGUUGCUAUUUCCGGCUUACCUCACCCACUGGAAGUGAAUAUUUCCCCAGACGCAACCGUUGGUGAGUUGAAACGUCAAGUACAGAGUCAGCUAAAUGCUGCCAACGAUCCCCAUCAACUUCUUGUUCUGAAUGACGAAGUGUUGUCAAAUUCUUCCCGUUUAAGGUCAGUAUGUAAUAAUUUCGCAAAAUGCACAAGAGAGGCCUUGUUAUAACGACGAUAUCUAGCUAGUAGAAGCUGUGUACUUUUUUAUCAGGUCAGAAACGGUUGCCGAGUUUCUGUCCACCCAGGUCAUUGAAAAUUCCCAGUUUUAAGCCAUCCUUUUUUGGCUGAGAAUUCGUUGCGUUUUUGGUAAAGCCGAAUAAAAACAGUUCGCAUGUUUAUUCUCAGGCUGUUCGCAGUAAAGUAAUAAACUUUUUACUUUCUUGUUGUUUUGUUGUUUUAGUUUCGUUUGUGCGUAAAUCAAACCAAAUACGUUUGGUAGAUUUAGAAAUUUGGAAGGGAUUUUUGCCGGAAUUUAGGACAUUUCGAUUUGGUUAUGUGAUGUUACAUUCAUAAAAUAAGUAUCAGUACCGGAUCCAGACCUUGAGAAAAAAGGGGGGGGGUGGGGUGGCGGAGACGUCAUCCAGAUCCUGAGAUAAGCGGCGGGGGUCCGGUCUCCAAAAAACAUUUCUUGGCCCUUUAAGCCUCAGUUUUUUGGUCUAAAAUUAAGGGGGGGGCGCGCCCCUACCCUGGAUCCGCCCCUGAGUAUUGAGGUUUAAUCUAAAACAUACGCUAGGAAAGAAGCACAGUCAUCUGGUUCUCAACAGGUCACCGGUGGGACCGAUACACAAAUUCACUCGUCCGUGUCAGUGAGCUGUCUUCUGUAGUGAUAAACGAAAAUAGGGACAAAAUGAAGGCAGUGACCAUCUAUUGUUGCCCGUUUUAGGGAAGUGCACAUCCUAUAAGGAUGUCCUUUAGAUUGUAAAAGAGAGUCGUGAUUCAAAUAGAACAUAACAGGGUCGAUAAAACCAUCUGGUAGGAGGCAAUCAUCGGGUAUGGUCAAGGAGUUUAAUUGUCUUGGAAUUGCCGAGAACUUGAAAACCAGCCAGCGAUUAUGAGGAGGAUGUGAAGUCGAGAACACUGCUUACUACUCGGUAGCCUGUUCCAGGCGUUCAGAUAGUGGGGAGCGGUACGAAGUAAAAAGGACCGCAAAAAAAUAAAAGGGAGCGAGGAGGAGAGGUGAGAGAGGGAACCGCACCCCUCUCCCCAGUCCCCCUCUACUUUCAUCGCUUUCUUUACUUUGCACCGAUCUCCACUAUCUGAACGCUUGGAACAGGCUAACUACUCGGCUUCGCUACCUCCAAUAGGCGAGCGCGUUCUUGUCAUAGAUGGUAAGACCUUUAACCAAGGGUUAUCGAUCGGGCAGCUUCCAAGGUAAACUUGUUAAGAAUUGGUUUGGAUGUUUUAACAUUAAUUUUCUUAUUAUAUAUAGCUACUUGGUGAAAUCACCUGGAAACUUGAGAAACCUGAGAUUAAUUGAUGCCGAAUUGGAGAUAACAGUCGAGGCAUCGUCUAGUGAAAGAUUUCCGGUAAAGAUACAACCAAGCAAAGCGAAUGUCAUUGAUUUGAUGGCUGUGAUAGAGGAGAAGCUUGGCAUUCCCGUAAAGGACCAGAAAGUCUACUACGGGAAAGCCCGACUGUCAGACGCACCACGGAGAAGCCUUCCUUCGAAACUCAUCUGCAGUUUACGGCCAAGUGUAGUAGUGAUUGUACCAGAAUACAUCACUAUAACUGUUGAGGACAUGGAAAGUGGCGAGGGUUGCAUAGUGAAGGUUGAUAAAGCAAAGACUUUGAAGGACCUUGUGGAUGAAAUAUCACUGUGCAAAAACAUGUCAGAAACUGAAAAAGCCGCCGUUACAUUUUAUUUCAAAGGACAAGGACUCUGUCCUUCCGAAAAUGACCAAUCCUUAUCAAGCCUUGGCUUUGGCAGUGGUUCCAAGAUAGAAAUGAAGAGGUGA